GUCAGCGUUGCCAUAACAACGAUCUUCAACCUCCCAGCAGCAGCACUGACUGGAUGUGCAUUUCCCUUUUAAGAGACGUUGUCUCUUUCCUUCCCCUCCCUCUGUGAUGUGGGUUUAUGUCUUUGGAGCUGUGCGCAGCUCAUCACUGAAGGAAGCGGCACUGAAGAUACGGGCCUGUCCUAAUCCUGUGCUAAUUGUACUCGGUUCAUUUGCUGAAGAACGAAAAGGCAUGGAGAAUUAGCCGGAAUCAUUCCAGGAUUAAACAGGAGCUGAGGCCGAUGGUGGGAAGAGGGGAUGAGUGUUGAUCUAUGGUGAUGCAAUGCGGUGCGUCUGCGGGGAAAUGAUUCAGCUGAGGAGAGAAGAGGCAAUGAGCAGUGAGACCACAAAGACGCCAGACUGCUGACUAUCAUUCCCGUCCCAUUAUCCUGUCACAGUCUCAGAGUUGGUUCAAAACGAACGCAGCGGUGGAGCACAGAGGCAAAGCUAGGGGAGCAAUGAAGGACAAAGACUUCAUGCCCAAUACAGAAAGAGGAAAGCCUGCCACUUACACCGGAGACAAGAAGGCAAGGAUGGCAGCCAAAACCAACCAAAAAUGGGUACGACUGGCAACCGUCUUUGCGUACGUUCUUUCUGUAUCUAUGGCAGCAAUCAUUUUGGCUAUCUACUACAGCUUAAUAUGGAUGCCCGUGACAUCAGGUCGUGGCAAUAGCAGCAGUGCUAACCUUAGUCAAGAAGUGACCGCCUUGCCACAAAACGAGACCACAUCCCAGCAGCCCGACCCUUCUCCCUCCGUCGGCAGUGCCGAAACCACCAACUCUAUGAAGGCACUAAGUCGUGCAAAGAGGUCUCCAGAGACCAGGGAUGGCUCUAGAGCUGAGGAUCCACGUCCCAUGAUUAGAAAUGCAAAAGAAGAAGCCAAGCUUGGGCAUCAAGAUCUGCAUGCCAGGGAGCAGUACAGAGAGAUAAGAGAAGCCUUCGCCCCACACAUGCCCACCAAGAACAAGGAGCCUGAAAUUGAUGAUGAAAGUGAAACUCUAGCAGGGAGCAAGUCCUUUCGUCUGGAGAACAACAGAAGGGAUGAUCAUAAAAGAUAGCCAAAACUGUAUGACAAUUUCAACCGUUGUAUCCUUAUAUGCAUGGAACAUGGACAGCACACAAACAUCUCUGCAUUUCAGAGGAAUUAUGAUGGAGACAUGGAGCAGCAGCCAAGUUUGGCCCAGAGUGAACUAUUGGCAAUAGUAAUAUCUGGAUUAUUGCACCAUUUCUGUUAUUUGAGCUGCUUUACUUGGCUUAUUAGGCCAGUGAAGGGUGUUUUAUUUACUGAGUUAAACAGCAAACUGAAGGGGGAAUGUCAAUCACCAUAUUCAUCAGUCUACACUUUACAGUCAUCCACGCAGAUUAACAGCUUCAAAAUAAUAACACCCACCUCAACUAUUACUGUCUAUUUUACUUUCUGUCAUGAUUUGUACGGCUAGCUCAGACUGGUCUGCAUUUUGAACAGACAAAGCAUCUUUACAUGUUGAAAAGACUCAUUUGAAUAUUUGGAUAAUCUGUUUAUUAUUUAUCAAGCAGAGGAACAACAUAGAGAGGUUUUCCUAUACAAUUCACAAAACAGGGAUCUUCUACUAAUGUGUAUUGUACAAAGAACGCACUAUGAACUUGUGUAGCCCAGAAAUUCCUAAUCAGAAUCAGCUGUUGCAAAACUACAACUCCCAGAAUCUAUGCCAACCAGAGCUGUCUUUAGGUGGGUAUGUGUAAAUGCCCGUGGCCCUCACAUAACUGGGGGAAGACUUUUUUAUUCUGUAGCCAUAACAGGUACAGUAGUGUGAUAUUGUGGCUAUUGCAGCAGUCUCUGGGAAGGGAGUGUGACUGUGGGAUAGCAGGUAUAGUAGGGAGAGAUGGUGUCUAUAGUAACAGUGGGA